AUGGGAUGCUGCCAAGGCAGAGUAAAUUUUAAAUAGAGCCAAAAGCCUUUACAAAGCAUAAAUGCACCAACUAAAAAAGAGGAGCCUGACACAAUUGACAAAGCUUACUUUUCCUCUAUAAGCAGCAAUUUCCAAACAGCAGCUCACAACUAUUAUCGAAAUAAUUUCAGAGUAACGUCAGUUGACAGCAGGAAGGUUAACGAAGAACUAGAGUAAACGUAACAUAGAGAAUUUUACAAUGCCAGAGCAUCUGUAGAUAUCAAUAAACUUGCCAAACUUCUCAGCUCCGAAACAGUUUUCACCCUUGAUGAAGGAGUCUGGUCAAACCUGGCUGGCUCUAUCAGGCUCUAUGGCUCUAUCUGGCAGUAAGGCUCUAUCUGGCAGUCUGGCAGUCCGGCUCUAUUGGCUCUAUCGGCUCUACCAGGCUCUACCAGGCUCUACUGGGUCUACUGGAAGUCUGGCAGUAUGGCACUACUGGCUCUACUGGGUCUAUAUGGCAGUCUAACUCUACUGGCUCUACUGGCUCUACCUGGGCCUAUAUGGCAGUCCGACUCUACCGGCUCUACUGGCUCUACUGGAUCCAUAUGGCAGUCUGGCUCUACCUGGGUCUACUGGCUCUACCUGGCAGUAAGGCUCUACUCAUUAAAUUCCAAUCAUGCUUUAUAAUUUAGAUAUCUUUUAUAGGCCAUUUGCUCAGAUAAAAAUAAGGUGCAGCCAGCUAGGACUCUUCACUAAUUGCAAAUACUAUUAUGUUAAAAUUAAAAAAUCAGUUCUGCUAUAAUUUUUUAAUAACUAUAGAUAAAUCAUAAAACAAUUCUAAUAUAAAAUUUUAACUCUUAUGACUGAAUCUUAUUAUCUUAUUCGAUAGACGGGCUCAUGCCCUUUAUUUUAACGCAAUCAUCAAAGAUCCCUUGGGGAUUCACCCGCUUUGCGACCUUCCUUCCGUCCAGUCUCCUCCUUGCCUCUUGUAAAAGGCUCCAGUGUUUGAGUGGGCAGGCUAUGGGUUUGUGCAGCCUGCUGAGGCUGUGGAAUAUUAGGUUGGCAUUCUGAAAUCCCAAAAAAUGGAAUUUCUGGUAGACUGUCGGCAAAAGGGUUAAAUCCAGGUCCUGGGACGUAACGCCCAGUUUCACGCUAGGCAGUUGCCCGAUUGGUCUAGGAAUUAUCUGUAAAUCUUCCUGGGCUUGCCCUUUCCAAAUCUGAACCCUCCUUUACUUCAAGGUAAGAACCAGUCUCGAAGUUGGACUUGGGCUAGUCUUUGCCUCCUGCAGAAUUGGUUACCUAGCAUUUCCAUCCAUGGGUUUUUGCGGCCUCCUGAGGCUGAGAGAAUACGAAAUUGGCAUUCCGAAAUCCCAAAAAAUGGAAUUUCUGGUAGCCUUUCGGCAAAAGAGUGAAGUCCAGAUCUUGGGACGUAACGCCCAGUUUCACGCUAGGUAGUUGCCCGAUUGGUCUAGGUAUUACCUGUAGACCUUGCUGGGUUGCUCUUUCCCAAAUCUGAGCCCUCCUUUCCUUCGAGGUAAAAACCAGUCUCGAAGUUGGACUUGGGCUAGUCUCUGCCUCCUGUAGAAUUGAUUACCAUAGCAUUACUGUCCUUUUCAAGGCUAGAAAAACCUUGCCAGAUAUAAUUAAAAUAUGAGUCGAGGAUGUAUGGCUGUGAGGCAUAUCUAGACGAAGACGCCAUAUUUUAAUUAUGAUUUCACUGUUUUCAGUCUAUUGCUAAUAAAUAUCUUUAAAAUUUUGAUUUAAAAUGAUGGUGUAGUAAAUAAUAUUUUGUUUUUGGUAGAGCCUUAGUCAGUAGACCCAGAUAGUCCCAGACUGCCGGACUGCCAGAUUGCCAGGUAGAGCCAUAGAGCCAUAGAGCCAUAGAGCCUUACUGCCAGGUAGAGCCAGUAGACCCAGAUAGAUCCGGACUGCCAGACUGCCAGGCUGCCAGGUAGAGCCAUAGAGCCAUACUGCCAGGUAGAGCCGGUAGAGCUAGUAGAGCCUGACUGCCAGACUGCCAGACUGCCAGGUAGAUCCAGACUUCCAGACUGCCAGACUGCCAGGUAGAGCCAUAGAGACAGACUGUCAGGUAGAGCCGGUAGAGCCAGUAGAGCCGAACUGCCAGACUGCCAUAUAGAGCCAGCAGAGCCUUACUGCCUGAUAGAGCCAGUAGAGCCAGCCAGGUUUGACCAGGAGUCCUUCUUCAUCCAUGGGCAGAAAAUCCACGCACCAUAGGAGCUCUAACUGCUAUGCAGAUUGGAAUUUUUGCUUCAGACAAUGACAUACUAAAAGAUUCCAAAUUUAAUGAAGGAAUGCUCAGCUCACGAGUCCUUGAACUUCUCUUGAACUUUGCAGCAUCACUGGAAAGAUACAAAUUUGAGGCCUCAAUUCUGACACUCAGUUAUUUGUCAAAAAAUAACCCAGACAUUGCUGAAGCUUUGAUUAAGAGAAACGCACUUCCGAUCUUUAUAAGACACAUGAGAGAUGGCAAGGAAGGACUGAGAUCCACAGCUGCUCUGUGCUGUAGAAAUCUAUAUGUAGGAAGACAAAAUAUGCAAAAACUGUUUGUUAGAGAAGGAGGAUGCAGCUUAUUGGUACACUUAUUGAAGUCAGAUGACAGCUCAACUGUGUUUGAAACUAUUUUGAAUAUAUUAGAUUUAAUUUUAGACAAUGAAGAUACCAUACAGCUGGACAUAAAGCGGCAUUUAGAAGAAUGCCACAUUGUAAAGCAUCUGCAGACGAUAAUAGAGGUAAAAAAGUAUAUAGAAAUCUGAUAAGUAUGAUCAAAAUACAAUAAGUGAAGCUAUAAAACUGAAGAAUUCAUUUGAAUAA